AUGCUGCCGUGCGCCGCGGGAGCCAGGGGGCGUGGGGCCAUGGUGGCCUUGCGGGCGGGGAAGAAGAGUCUUCUCCGCGGUCUCAGCCGCUCCUUCGUCUGCCGCGGCUGUCAACUCGCUCCGGAGCGCGGCGCCGAGCGCAGGGAUACGGCGCCCAGCGGCGUGUCAAGAUUCUGCCCUCCAAGAAAGUCUUGCCAUGACUGGAUAGGACCCCCAGACAAAUAUUCAAACCUUCGACCUGUUCACUUUUACAUACCUGAAAAUGAAUCGCCAUCGGAACAAAAGCUUAGAAAAUUAAGACAAGAAACACAAGAAUGGAAUCAACAGUUCUGGGCAAACCAGAAUUUGACUUUUAGUAAGGAAAAAGAAGAAUUUAUUCACUCGAGACUAAAAACUAAAGGCCUGGGCCUGAGAACUGAAUCAGGUCAGAAGGCAACAUUGAAUGCAGAAGAAAUGGCAGACUUUUACAAGGAAUUUUUAAGCAAAAAUUUUCAGAAGCACAUGUAUUAUAACAGAAUGUAUGACAACAUGUCCACAAUGGUGUACAUAAAGGAAGACAAGUUGGAGAAGCUUACACAGGAUGAAAUUAUUUCUAAAACAAAGCAAGUAAUUCAGGGGCUGGAAGCUUUGAAGAAUGAGCACAAUUCCAUUUUACAAAGUUUGCUGGAGACACUGAAGUGUUUGAAGAAAGAUGAUGAAAGUAACCUGGUGGAGGAGAAAUCAAACAUGAUCCGGAAGUCACUGGAGAUGUUGGAGCUUGGCCUGAGUGAGGCACAGGUUAUGAUGGCUUUGUCAAAUCACCUGAAUGCUGUGGAGUCCGAGAAGCAGAAACUGCGUGCGCAGGUUCGUCGUCUGUGCCAGGAGAAUCAGUGGCUACGGGAUGAAUUGGCCAACACGCAGCAGAAACUGCAGAAGAGCGAGCAGUCUGUGGCUCAACUGGAGGAGGAGAAGAAGCAUCUGGAGUUUAUGAAUCAGCUAAAAAAAUAUGACGACGACAUUUCCCCAUCCGAGGACAAAGACACUGAUUCUACCAAAGAGCCUCUGGAUGACCUUUUCCCCAAUGAUGAAGACGACCCAGGGCAAGGAAUCCAGCAGCAGCACAGCAGCGCCGCCGCGGCUGCCCAGCAGGGCGGCUACGAGAUCCCCGCGCGGCUGCGGACACUCCACAACCUGGUGAUCCAGUACGCCUCGCAGGGACGCUACGAGGUAGCCGUGCCCCUCUGCAAGCAGGCCCUGGAGGACCUGGAGAAGACUUCAGGACAUGACCACCCGGACGUGGCCACCAUGCUCAAUAUCCUGGCCUUGGUGUACAGGCUAGUUUUGGGGAAGGAUCACCCCGAUGUUGCCAAGCAAUUAAAUAACUUGGCCUUACUGUGCCAGAACCAGGGCAAGUAUGAAGAAGUAGAAUAUUAUUAUCAAAGAGCCCUCGAGAUCUACCAGACAAAACUGGGACCUGAUGACCCCAACGUGGCUAAGACAAAAAAUAACCUGGCAUCCUGCUAUCUGAAACAAGGAAAGUUCAAGCAAGCAGAAACACUGUACAAAGAGAUUCUCACUCGUGCACAUGAAAGGGAGUUUGGUUCUGUAGAUGAUGAAAAUAAACCCAUCUGGAUGCAUGCUGAAGAAAGAGAAGAAUGCAAAGGAAAGCAAAAGGAUGGGACGUCUUUUGGAGAGUAUGGCGGCUGGUACAAAGCCUGCAAAGUUGAUAGUCCAACUGUUACAACCACUCUAAAAAACCUUGGGGCACUUUACAGACGUCAAGGCAAAUUUGAAGCUGCAGAAACAUUAGAAGAAGCUGCCAUGAGGUCUCGUAAACAGGGUCUUGACAAUGUUCACAAACAGAGGGUGGCGGAAGUGCUCAAUGACCCUGAGAACAUGGAGAAGCGCAGGAGCCGUGAGAGCCUCAACGUGGACGUGGUCAAGUACGAGAGUGGCCCUGACGGAGGGGAGGAAGUGAGUAUGAGCGUAGAGUGGAACGGGGAUGGCACUGGAUCUUUAAAACGCAGUGGUUCCUUUAGCAAACUCCGGGCUUCCAUUAGACGCAGCAGUGAGAAGCUGGUUAGGAAGCUGAAGGGAGGAAGUUCACGAGAGAGUGAGCCAAAGAACCCCGGGGCGUCUCUGGCCGAGCCUCUUUUUGUGGAAAACGACAGCAGCAGCAGUGGCUUGGAAGACGCCACCGCUAACUGACCCCGACCUGGCGCCGCUCCAGGAUGGGACUGCCGAGUGUGGCCCGGAGCUGGCCCGGGACAGCCAGGGCAGCAGGGAGGGCCCCUGGCUGGGAGCCGCAGCGCUCACUCAUUUUUCCUGCGUCUGUGUGCGUGGGGCACGAUACUAAUGACCACACGGCUGGUGUGACCUUGGGACUGGGGCUGAGGCUGGGCCUAAGCUGGUGCCCUGGUGCGGCGUGGCCUCUCCCAGGAGACCUGGGGCAUGAGCUGGGCCCACGGCUCCCUUCCCAUGUGUAACUUCCUCAUGUUGUGUGCGAUAAUGUAUUUUAUUGUACAUUUUUUUAAAUUAAACGUUUAUAUGCCUUA